UUGGUCAACUCUUGAAACGUCAUUACAUUUUUGACGGCGUUGCGCAAAAAUUAUCAUUUUUUGACUCUCACUACUGUAGCUCGCCAUGUUUUUUUUCAUGUGGGGUGUGUGUGUGUAAAGUUUAUCAUGUUAUUUUAAACCCCACAAAACCGAAACAGAGUCACGGGGAGCCCGAGUGCGUCAUUGCUGCGAGCUAGUGACCAUGCGACCGCACUCACGGAACUAGACGAGGGAUCCUUUACUUCAUAAAAAAAUUGAAUCACUAGCAAAGAACAGGCCAAAGAAAAUAAGGAUGUAUUAGUUGUAAGACAUCCUAAAGGAUCGAUUUCACCUCACACGGCCCCCGGCGUUUGUAUAAUGGACACACGAUUUCUGACCACCAUGAUGGUGUUUGACUAUGGCAAGAGGUACCCGGGGCAGGAUGCGUAAGCACAAACGGGAGAGACAGGCUCGUGCCUGCCGCCCCGCCCAGUUCAGCAUACUUCACUCACACUACAAUCUCAUCUAGACCCGCUGCAGCAGAGGACAUGAAGUGUUGGAAGACUCAGGACAGGGACCAUAUUGGUGGCAACGUAAAAGUGAAGAUGGUCAAUCACCUUAAGAGUCCUUAUAGAAAGGAACCAGACUUUGACAACAUAGUCGACCAACUCUGCACUCGACUACAGGACAUCAAGGAUCACGGCGCUACAGAAGUAGGCAUGCACCUAGACUCCCUGGAGCAAAGAGAAGCUGUCCGAAGGUACUACGCUGCAUUCCCGGCUCUGAAGAAAGGUGAGGAGUCGCCACAGCAGUAUUAUUUACCUCCGCCGGCUUGGUGUCGCAAGAUACCGGACAACACAAGCAAAGUCAAGAUGCAAAGUGAGUCACUGUCGAAGGAUUACAACUCAAAGAAGAAGCUUUCAACGGGCAAGGAACGUCGCAACUCAUACCACGGGCAGAGGAAGGGAAAGAAGCGCAGUCACAACCACAGCCGGUCCUUUGACAGCAAGGAGCACCUCCCCGAGUGGGUCACUCACGAGGGAGUCUGGGACAUGGAGACUCAGGACCCCAUCAAAGAGUUCAUCAAGGCGAUAGCAGUGGACGAAGGCUACGGCACUUGUGAGAACACAGUCACGGACGACUUUAGGGAGAUGGCCCAGGCAAAGCUGCGGAUGCAGGCCGAGUGGGACGAGGGGCAGGUGAAGUGGGAUGUGGGGCAAGCGGAGUGGGACAUGGGGCAAUUAGGCUGGGAUGCAGGGCUGGACGAGCGCUGGCCCGGCGAAGACGAGCUGAAGCCGCGCUCGCCUAUAGAAGAGGAACUAUACGCCAAGUUCGAAGCCAAGUUCGACCGCAGCAUCGAGGCGCUGUGGGCGCGCGACGCCACGCCGGACGAGUGCCAGGAGCUGCCCAUCGACUUCCACGACCUGCUGGCCUCGCCCUCCGACCAGAGGGACAAGUGCGAGACCGUCUGGUCGCCCACCGACCAGCGGGACAAGUGCGAGACCGUCUGGUCGCCCACGGACAAGUGCGAGGCGGUGUGGUCGCCCUGCGUGUCGCCGGCGCAGCGCCUCACGGAGCGCCUGCAGCCGCUGAACCUCAACGAGCCACUCGACCUCAGCCGGCCCUUCAUCGCCGCCGAGCCCUUCUCGCUGUACAGCUGCGACGGCAUCUACGAGGCGGUGGCCGGCGUGGGCGACGUGAUGCGCUCGCUGGCCGCGCUCAACCACAGCCGCGGCAGCCGCUUCGCUGAGGUGGUCCCGCGCCGCGCCCCCCGCCCCCCCGCGCCGCCGCGCCCCGCCCCCGCGCCGCCCCGCCACGACGACGACCCGCUGGUCUCCGAGCGCACGCACUUCAAGCCCAUCCGCCGCUCGCCGCCGCCCGCGCCCGCGCGCUACGCCGACGGCGCCACCUUCGACGUGCGCGCCUCCCUCUCCCCCGCACCCUUCGCCCGCUCGCCCUCCGGCUUCCUGCGCCUGCCCGGCGACGACCUGCGCUACCUCGAGUACCGCACGCGCAGCAUCAACUACGGCCGGCUCGGCCUCACGCCGGCGCAGCGCGAGGGCAACGACCUCGACGACGCCGCCUGCUUCCGGCUCAAGUUCGCGGUGACGGCGGCCGAGUGCGCCGUGCAGACGGACCCGCCGGCGGAAAGCGGGCGGGCGAAGCGCAUGCGCGGGGCGGAGGGGGGGGACGAGCGCGAGUGGGACGAGCUGCUGUCGGACAUCUCGGCGGCGACGGGGCUGGCGGGGGGCGCGGGGGGGGAGCGCAAGCGCCGGCACAGCGCGCGCCGCUGCCCGCGCGCCUGCGCCGUGCCGCACGCGCCCUUCCUGCGCUGCGGCGACGCGGCGCGCCCGCUGACGCGCUGACGUCAUCACCCAGCCCCCGACGACGACCCUGCACACAAGCCAGUGAAUACUAGCCGCUGAAAGUCGGGACUUGCAUGCCUUAGGCCGUUAAGAAGCUGAAACAGAAACGAGCGACGGUAACUCUAAAUGCAUCAUUCUAAGUAAGGAGUACCGAGUGUUUUACUGGUCAUCUGCAUCGUUUUUAAGUAAGUUAAUGAAAGCUACGGUAUUGUGGAAAAUCGUAAGGCAUGCAGUCUCAGUAAAGAUCGUUUAGACUGAAACACUGUUAUGUUUAACAGUGAUUCAGCCUAAACAUGUCGGCGUGGACUUGUGACGUUGUCAGGCUUCUCCCGGGUCGCACUAGGUUAAUGUUUAUUGUGAGCUUAUGCACCUCUACUUGUACUGAAUCAGCACAUGACUCAGACGACUUGGCUUGUCGAUGAAAUGAACAUUUUACAGUAGUCAUAUGAUCAUGGUAGCCUCUCGUAUACUUCACGUCUUGACAUAGACUCGACUCUUGAAAAAAUAAUAUAUUAAAAACGAACCGUUUGUGCCAUUGAUGAUAGAAAAGAAUCCGUUAUUUACAAAGUUGCUUAUUUUUGUUAAAAAAAUCAUGAAUUCUGUUGACUGUUAUUGAUUACAUAUUUUUACACUGAAUCUAUGUCAAGAUGAUUAUUUAUGAUAUGUUUAAAUCAAACUCAUUGCUUUGCCUCAUGAUAUUGUGUAAGUGGCAGGGUGUGCGAGGUCUAAAGUAUUUACAUAAUGUUAGAUACUUAGAACUGAAGAUUCGACUUGUUAUGAAUUGAUGACGGCAAUAAUGGGUGGUAGCACUCGAAUGGCUCGCGAAGACUAUUGUCUCGAUUAUUUACGAGAAGAUUAGAUACUGAAGUGCUAACAUAUCUAUAAACGAUGUAGUUUUUAAUCAAGGGGAAGGCGUUAUGGAUAGAUCAUUAAUUUUAGUUCAAUUUCUUUGUAGUGGUUUCAUAAGUGCUGCUUGAUGCAAUGCUCUUACACUUCGUAAUCUGUAAAGCGUCAAAAUUUGUUUGUCGUAACCCGAGCAAAGUUAAGUAUUUAAGAAUAAUAACAUUGCAUAUGUUGCUAGCAUCGAGCCUACAACGCAGUGAAUUAACUAAUUAUUCUUAGAAUUAACUUCUCCUAAAAGGCACUUUGGUGCUACUUUUUUUUUGUUCAGAAUCAAAGUGUUGUACCAUUACGGUAUGCUAUCGAAGGAGUGUGCGAGCAUUGCGUACAAGCAGGGACGAUUCUAAUAUAAUUCUUACAAUAAUAUCGUCCAGAGUUGUUCAAAAUUGUUAUUGUAAAUUGUAGAUAGAACUGGUAUUUUAUUUUUGUUAGUAUUUUUUCCGUUUUCCUCUGUAAUAUUCGAAAAUUCUAUGUUUAAAGACCUGCUGUUUUACGUUUACCUUUUCUUUCUUUUUUUGAGACAAAUACGAGAAUGUUGUAUAAAGAGAUGAAGUAUCUUUCGUUAGGUUAGCCGAUGUUGAAGGGUUUGUUGUAAAGAUUGUCCAAUGUAAGUUUUAAGUUUAGCGGCGUUGUAUUGUGCCCGCUCCGCUUAUGUUUAAGAUUGGAAGCGGUGUAGGGAUGUAACAAGGAGGAUAAUUAAUAGUAUCGUGGAGUGCCGUGCCGUGUCUUAUCUUGCUAUAAUGUUAUGUACACUGGACAUAGGCUACAGGGGAAAACCCUACGGUGUGUUGGAAACAGUUUAAUCAUUUUUUGUAUCGUGCUUUAUAUAAUAUGGUGCAGUAGCCGUGAAACAGUUCCAUACGCCACUCGCAAUGGACAUGUAAAUACGAGUUAUCAAUGUAGUAAUACCCAUUCGGUUUGUAGUCAUAGCAACUGUCCUUAGGGAGUGUUGCACGGCUGUUGCACAUUUGUAACAUAAUUUACGACAUCAUAUAUGAAUUGCAAUGGUUCAUAUAGGUGGUAACUGUUAAUAGUUUAUGUAAAGCAUAAGAGACGUACUUGUUAUAUUUUGGUAUAUUUUCUAAUUAUGAGGUCCCUGUUGUAUACAACGAUAGUGUAUGUGCAGAGCAUAAUAUGAAGAGGCUUUGCGAGUGUAGUGUCCUUAUCUUGUAAUUGUCAGUGACAUCGAGCUCUGCACAUGGCCUCAAUAUAUUAUUUAUUCCCUCGUAUUGUAGCUACAAUUUCAUAUACAAAAUUGAAUACUUGUGCGAACUUUGCUACUGAUGUGUCGUGUUUUAUAUAUUUUAUUUUGUGUAGUGUGAUUUACUUCUGUUUGUUAAUUAUAACUGAAAAGAAAACGAUAAAACCAAAUAAAAAUAAAUGUCGUAAUAAAGUUCGUAACAAAGGCUGCAUAGUGUAAAUAUAUAUUAACGAUUUAUUCAUGUCAAACUCUUUCAGUUAUGUAUUUUAAUUAUCAUUAUUUCCAUAUCCAAUACCUUUCGAAGUAUUUAACCAUCACGCCUUCGUUAGGGUCAGUUUAAAUAUUUUAUAAUUUCAAAUCAAAAUCAGUUGGAUAUGGAAAUUUCUAUAUUUUAUGUAUAUACAAUUAUAUAUUAAUUUCAGUUGGUAUGUUUGGAUCUGUAUAAACUUAGUUUACUCAUUCUUAUUAAUUUUAUUCACGUUCGUAAGAGUAACUGCUCAUUUUUCAUUCAUCCACUAAGUUUAUAUAUUGUACUUAUUCCAUUGUUAAUAUUCGCUAAAUGAUACCUCCAAAAAAAAUUAAAAAAUAUGAAAAAAACAAAAAAGAUUAGCAUCAAGGUUGCAUGUAAUAUUAUGUUUGGUUAGAAAUUAAUCUCAUAUAAUGUGCGAAUGCGCUUGAUUGCCUGAGUUAUCCGUAAGAUCCACGGAAAUGCUUGUUUCUCGACGAAAAUAUAGCGUUUUGAAAUGAGCCGAUUAAUUUAAGGCGGCCACACUCUGGGGACUGCCCUUUCCUGUAAGUUAAAAAAAUAAGCUUUCAACUGUCAUUAAUGUUCACGGCACCUAUUACAGGGAAGGGUUCACAUUUAUAAUAGUAACGUAAAAUGAUGUGGCCGUCCUUAAAAUCUUGAUGUGAUGUUGCCCAUGGGACAUGUUGACAUUCGAUUGAUUGUAAGCAAUUUGAGAUUGGGCGGCAUCACAUCAUGUCUAAUGCUGAAAGUAGAAAUGGAAAAAUAACAUAUUCUAAAUUAAUUAAAAUAAAAGCAAUUUCUAUCUUCAAUCUAAAUUCUUUUUCUGAAAAUAUGCUUUAUUUAGUUUAUGUUUCUACUUUCAGGAUCAGAUAUGUAAUAAUUAAUUGUAAGUGUCCCCGGAAAUUAAAUAAUUUUGUAAUAAGCACCACACACAGUUGGGGUGAGCAAACCGGGACUCAAUUCGAAACAAUCAACUAUUUGAAUACUCAAAAUUCGCAUUCGUUUGUUCACGCCAACUGAGCUAUGUAAUCGAAAUUAGAUCUUGUGGUAAUUAUUGUAUACUGAAUAAUUAAUGUAACACCCUCAUAGUCAGCAAAGUAAUUAAUUGUUAUGACUUGUGUUUUAACUUUUCGUAGAUUUCGUUGAGAUGAGGAAACGUGUAAUCUGAAAGUUGGUUUGAUAACUGUUGAAGUAAUGCGAGCACAACAUUUGCAAUGUCAUGUUAUCGUAUCGGCAACGGGGGAAAUAAAAUGAAAUUUUUGAUCAGUCACAGAACAAAUUACGACCAAAGCGCCUCACGCGUACGGUUUAGGAACUAUAAUAUAAUACCAUACUUUUUUUCAAGCACUUCUAAUAUUAACUAAGAUUUAUAUUCAGUUUACAUAAGGAGUCUUGUGUAUUUUUCAUGGUUUUUCAACAAAACAUUGCUUAAUCUACCCGCUGCCGAUACGCUGACUUGAAAUGUGGAAAGCAAGGCUGUGUGUAACUAAUACCUGGAGAUAAAUACACCUAAGGUCUUGGUUACACGCAUAUUUGUUUUCUCAAUCUCUGCGAGACGUUUCUUUCUGAGAGUUUUAUUAAUUCACUAGAUAAUAAAACAUAAUGUUUAUACCGGGGUAGGAGCUCUGUAAAGGGAUAGCCACAUGUUUUAAAGUUUAUAAACUGAAAUUUUUAGACAUGUAAACACUGUUUUUUUGUGUAAUUCAAACGAAAUUAGUAUUUCAAUCGUAGCAUGUCCCCGAAUAGGGAUGAAAGAAAUUAUUAUGAUGAAGAUCCAUAGGAUUCUUAGAUAGUAACAUAAAAUUUAAUAAAUAAACACCAUGUAAAGUUUAUAUUCAUAAUGCAUCCAUAGUGAUAAUCAAGAUAACUAUUGGUUGCGUUUAUUUAGAAGUGUUUGUAAAUCCCUGAAAAAUAGUUACCAUUUUCAUAUUUUAGAUUAUGCUCACUACUCUGGUUCUUGCCAAUUUUGGGAAGAAAAUAAAAAUAAUACAAUCCA